AUGUGGUUUAGUAAAGGGCUGAAUCGCCCGUUCAGCAAAGAUACCAAAUCGGAAGUACAAGAUGGGGCCGAUCCCGCCACAAAGGAGACAUUUGUUGAUAGCGUGAGCACCACAUCUAAUUCCGAUCAAUCAACAAAGGUGGAAAACCGCACCCACAGAAAAUUACUUCCUAGACACAUUUCACUUAUUGCAAUAGGUGGUUCCAUUGGUACUGGUGUUUUUGUCACUAUUGGAACCACUGGUUUGGUUAAUGGAGGUCCACUCGGUCUACUAUUAUCCUAUUGUUUAUCAACCACGCUUAUCAUGCUUUUAACAACGGCAAUGGGAGAACUUGUUUGUUACAUGCCCACAGACUCGCCAUUUCUCGAUAUGGCAGGAAGAGUUAUUGAUCCAGCAUUUGAAGUUGCCUCCUCAGUAAAUUUCUGGGUGAUGCAAAGUUUAUAUAUCCCCUUUGAAAUUACUGCAGUUAAUGGUAUGAUACAUUUCUGGCGUGAUGAUUACUCACCAGCAAUCACCUUAUCGAUACAAAUUUUCAUUUACGCAGCAAUAAACUUGUAUGCAGUCAAAGUGUUUGGGGAGUGUGAGUUUUGGUUCUCUUUGUUCAAGUUGAUCUUGUGUAUUGGGCUCUUGUUUUUUACCCUUGUUACCAUGUGUGGAGGUAACCCUAAAGGCGAUGCGUUUGGAUUUAGAAAUUGGCAUGUCGCAGGCGGACCCAUGGGAAUGAUGUACACGACAGGUGCGUUGGGGAGAUUCCAAGGCUUUUUGGGUAGUCUUCGUAUGUCUUCGAGUUUCACUUGUGUUGGAAGUGAAUACUUGAGUAUGACUGCUGGUGAAGCAAUUAACCCAAGACAUACUCUACCAGUUGCCUUUAGAACGGUUUUGUAUCGUUUGGUUAUCUUUUAUGUUGGUAGUGCAUUGUGUGUGUCCAUCUUGAUUGCAUAUAAUGAUCCCAGAUACUUGAGCUUGACUUCAGAAAGCUCAAAUGGUGCAUCUUCUCCAUAUGUGGUUGCUAUGGAAAACUUGGGUAUCCAUGUAUUGCCCCACAUUGUUAAUGCAGUCAUCUUGACAUCAGCAUUCUCUGCUGGUUGUUCAUACACCUACACUUCAUCUCGUUGUUUGUACAAUUUGGCUAAAAAGGGGUUUGUGCCAAAAUUCCUUGAAAAGUGUACCAAACAAGGAGUUCCCAUUUACUGUGUGCUUGCAUCUGUUUGUUUCUCCUUAUUGUCAUUGAUGCAAUUGGGAUCAUCAAGUUCCAAGGCAUUGAACUAUAUGGUGAAUUUGUGUACUGGGUCGCAAGUGCUCAAUUAUGGCUUUAUGUGUAUCACAUAUAUUGGAUUCUACCAUGCAUGCAAGGCGCAGAACAUUGAUCGGAAUAAGUUGACUUACAAGUCAUGGUUCCAGCCAUAUUCGAUUUACUUUGUCACCGUAAUGUAUUGGUGCAUUAUUGGAAUCUUGGGCUACCAUGUGUUUAUGCCUGGUCACUGGUCGGUUGACGAUUUCCUCUUUAGUUAUGUUAUGAUUUUUGUUUCGCUUGCAGUGUAUAUUUUGUGGAAGGUGAUUAAGAAAACCAAGUUUAUUAGACCUGCAGAUGCCGAUUUGAUCAGUGGGUUGGAUGAAAUUGAAGCACACGAGUUUGAGUAUAAGGCAAUGAAAGAGAAGAACGAGGAUAAGGCGGUGACAAGUAAGUUCAAAGGUCUUGCCAACUGGAUAUUCUAG